AUGGAUUCUCCAUGCUUAUUGAGUAGUGAUCUGUACUCUUAUUAUAACUGCUCCCUGAGCAACUCCACCAUGGAGAAUCAGACGUGUCAGACAAACAGAACCAAACAGAUAAGGAAUGAGGAAGUUGCCAAGGUGGAGGUGGCUGUGCUGUGCCUCAUCUUCUUCCUUGCCCUGACUGGGAACCUUUGUGUGUUGUUGGCCAUCCACACCACCCGUCACAAACACUCCCGCAUGUAUUUCUUCAUGAAGCACCUGAGCAUUGCUGACCUGGCUGUGGCUGUUUUCCAGGUCUUGCCUCAACUCAUUUGGGACAUCACUUUCCGGUUCUAUGGGCCAGAUUACCUCUGCAGGUUGAUCAAAUACCUGCAGGUGGUGGGGAUGUUUGCUUCGACAUACAUGCUCUUGUUGAUGUCCCUGGAUCGAUGCUUGGCUAUCUGUCAACCCUUGAGAUCUUUGCACAGGAGGUCUGACCGGUUGUCCGUCCUCCUCACUUGGAUUGUGUGCCUUCUCUUCAGCAUCCCACAGCUCCAGAUAUUUUCAAUGAGGGAUGUGGGCAAUGGGGAGAUUGAUUGCUGGGCAAAAUUCAUUCAACCCUGGGGUUCUAAAGCCUACAUCACUUGGAUAACCUUGACUGUGUACAUCAUCCCCGUGCUCAUGCUCAGUGUCUGCUAUGGUUUGAUCAGCUUCAAAAUCUGGCAGAACGUGAAGCUGAAAACAAUCCAUGAGACCAACAUGAACCUGACCUCUGGCCAUUCUCACAGGGGCACCCUCUCCAGGGUCAGCAGUGUGAAACUCAUUUCCAAAGCAAAGAUCCGGACUGUGAAAAUGACCUUCAUCAUAGUCUUAGCUUUCAUUAUGUGCUGGACUCCUUUUUUUAUUGUGCAGAUGUGGAUUGCGUGGGACGAGAAUGCACCAAAAGAAGAAUUGCCAUUCAUAAUCACUACACUCCUGGCAAGUCUGAACAGCUGUUGCAACCCUUGGAUCUACAUGCUUUUCACUGGUCAUCUUUUCCACGACCUUUUGCACCGAUUCCUCUGCUGCUCCUCCCGCUAUUUAAAAUCACGACAAGGAUGUGACCUCAGUGUCAGCAAGAAAAGCAACUCCUCCACAUUUGUCCUGAGCCUCAAAAGCUCCAGUCAGAGGAGCUUCACACAGCCAUCCACAGCAUGA